AUGGAGCCGCCCGAGGAGGUGCGGGCGCGGCUGGAGCGGGCCGGGCAGGGCCACCUGCUGCGCUUCUGGGCCGAGCUGGACCCGGCGCAGCGCGCGGAGCUGCUGGCCGCGCUGCCGUCCGGGCUGGGCGAGCACUGCCGGCUGGCGGCGGCCUGCGCCCGGCAGCGGGAGAACCCGGAGCGCCUGGACGGCCGCGUGGAGCCGCUGCCCGCCGCGCUCCUGGGCAGCGCCCGGCACUGCGGCCCCGCCGCGCUGCGGCGCUGGGAGGACGAAGGUUUGCAGCAGAUCUCACAGAACAAAGUGGCAGUGCUGCUGCUGGCUGGAGGACAAGGAACCCGCCUGGGAGUGAGCUACCCCAAGGGCAUGUACAACGUGGGACUGCCCAGUGGCAAAACCUUGUAUCAGAUCCAAGCAGAAAGAAUCCGAAAAGUGGAGCAACUCGCUGGCCAGAGGCACCGCUGCCAGUGCACCGUGCCCUGGUACAUCAUGACAAGUGAGUUCACACUGAGGCCAACAGAGGAGUUCUUUGUAAAACACAGAUACUUCAACCUGGAUAAAUCCAAUGUAAUCAUGUUUGAACAGAGGAUGCUGCCAGCUGUCACCUUUGAUGGGAAGGCCAUCUUGGAGGAGAAGGGGAAAAUUGCUAUGGCUCCAGAUGGCAAUGGUGGCUUGUAUCGUGCUUUGGUGGAUAAUAAGAUCUUGGAUGACAUGAAGCAGCGUGGUAUCCAGUACGUCCAUGUGUACUGUGUAGACAACAUUCUUGUCAAAAUGGCAGAUCCAGUCUUCAUAGGCUUCUGUGUUUCCAGAGGAGCAGAUUGUGGUGCCAAGGUGGUGGAGAAGGCCUACCCCACAGAGCCUAUAGGGGUGGUGUGCCGCGUGGAUGGGGUCUCUCAUGUGGUGGUGGAGUACAGCGAGAUCAGCCCGGAGACCGCGCAGCAGCAAAGGCCUGAUGGGGGGCUGAUGUACAGAGUUGGCAAUAUCUGCAACCAUUUCUUCACUGUUGACUUUCUGCAGACAGUGGCCCAAAAACACGAGUCCCAGCUGAAGCACCACGUGGCCAUAAAGAAGGUGCCUUACAUUGACGAGGAGGGAAAUCUGGUAAAACCGCUAAAACCGAAUGGAAUAAAGCUGGAGAAGUUUGUGUUUGAUGUGUUCCAGUUCUCUAAGAAUUUUGUGGCAUUUGAAGUUUUGAGAGAAGAGGAGUUCUCACCGUUAAAAAAUGCAGACACAGCUGAGAAAGACAACCCUACCACUGCUCGGCAGGCCCUCCUGGCCCAGCACUACCGCUGGGCUCUCAAGGCUGGGGCCAGGUUUGUGGAUGCAGAUGGCUGCAGGAUACCAGAGGAGCUCAGUCUUUCAGGCACCGAAAAUCCUCCGGCUGUGUGUGAGAUUUCUCCAUUAGUGUCUUACUUUGGAGAGGGUCUGGAGGUGUACAUGAAGAACAAAGACUUCUGUUCUCCCUUUAUACUCGAUGAAGACAAAGCAGAAAUGCUAGGAAGUUCUUGAAGAGGAGGGAGGUCUUCUCCCCUCAAAUCAGAUGCUUGUCUGUCAGAGCAAUUAUAAGAACUGACCCUACUAAAAUGAAGUGCCUUAUGAAAACUUGCUUUGCAGUAUUAGGUUGAUGCCAAAUCUUUGCAACAGUUGUAUCAUCUGUGCCCACUCAGCAGAUCCGUUUGGUGACUUUGAAGUCUGAGCCUUUUACCUUGAUCUGUUUUGUCAACAGUGAUAUGAAUGACAAUUAAUACUUUCCAGGUACCAGACAGAUUUUAUAUUUCCUUUCUCUAGUGCAUACAGAUUUAUAACAGAGCCAGCUGGAAUCUAAUCAGUCAGCUUUGCAUUCACGCAGAUUAGAUCUCUGCAGUGCCCACCUUUGUACCUUGUUUGCGCUGUUGUUAUUUUUUGUGUAUGUUUGCUUGUUUGCUUUAAGCUCUGCUGGUCAGGAGAUGCAUUUCAGCAUUCACAUCCUACAGUCAGUGUGUAUGGAGGAAUGUGCUGCACUUGGGGCCUUGUGUGUUAAAGUUUUGCUUGAGAUGUGGACCCUGCAGCAGUGAGACUGGCUUGCAUAUGUAGGCUCUGUGGUGGCACUCCAAGAAAACUAAGUAAAUACGCAGCUCAGAGUGAUUGCUUUUUACAGCUGCAGUGACCUGCAGGUGGGGAAGAGGACAAAGAAGAAGGCUGAGAACUCUUCACAACAGCCUUCUCUUCCUUUCUUACAACAAUCACUUAUUUUGCUUUCCAUUUUUCCAUUUGUACAUAUACCAUCCCUCAGGGAGGCGCUCCUGUGAAGUGCCUGAAGGUGACAGUGACAGGAGGAACAAGCUGUGAGGGAGAAUUUGAGGCUUAAUCCCAAUGUAAGCAAUGUAACAGUAAAAUGCCUCAGCUUCUGCAGUUUCCAGUGGAGCGCUUCUCCAGCACUUUUUCAGUUAAGGAAAUAACUCUUUAGAUGCCUUGCUCUUAUCCUAGGUUACAGACUAUGAUAUAUCAACUAACGAAGGAAGGUAAUUUGCAGAAUUUCAGUAGCACAGCAGCCCAGCCUUGGCGGAGGGGUCACAGGGUGGCCGUGCCUCACAGCUCCUGCUCUGCAACAGCAGAUCCUACACACCAAAGUCAUUUCACACCUCAGGAGGACGCUUCAUGUGCGUUGCUGAGCGGGGUUGGGUUGACGAGCACACACUGCAUUUCCCCCAGUCAGCUGUAAGGAAGGUGUUGAAUCAUAGAAUCACAGAAUGGCCUGGGUUGCAAAGGAGCACAGUGCUCAUCCAGCACAACCCCCUGCUGUGUGC